GCAUUGUGGGGAGCUCUGGCCUGCGAGUGUGGUGGUUAGAAGCGAGGUGGGGGUGGCCGUUUGUUUUCUCGUGGUCUCGAACUCGCGCGCUCUCUUCCCCUCCCCCCGGCGUGCGGCUGGGCGGAGAAACGGCGGCGGCGGCGGCAGCGGCUGUAGCUCUAGCAGUAGCAUCGGACACCCUCCUUUCCUCUCCCGCAGACUGGUUCCUCUUCCCCCUCCCUCUCACUGUUUGUUGUGUGUUUGAUGUGUUAAAGCAGGAGCGAGAACGCGACCAGCGCCAUGAGCAACACUACCGUCGUCCCCAGCACUGUGGGCCCGGGGCCCAGCGGCGGGCCCGGUGGCGGAGGUGGUGGCGGCGGAGGCGGCGGCACCGAGGUAAUCCAGGUGACUAAUGUCUCCCCGAGCGCUAGCUCUGAGCAGAUGCGGACUCUCUUCGGUUUCCUAGGCAAGAUCGACGAACUGCGCCUCUUCCCGCCGGAUGAUUCACCUUUGCCAGUCUCAUCUCGUGUCUGCUUUGUUAAGUUCCAUGAUCCGGACUCAGCAGUUGUGGCACAGCAUCUGACAAACACUGUAUUCGUUGACAGAGCUUUGAUAGUCGUACCAUAUGCAGAAGGAGUUAUACCUGAUGAGACUAAGGCUUUGUCUCUGUUGGCACCAGCUAAUGCAGUGGCAGGUCUUCUGCCUGGUGGUGGACUCCUGCCUACUCCUAACCCACUUACACAGAUUGGCGCUGUUCCAUUGGCUGCUUUGGGGGCUCCUACUCUUGAUCCUGCCCUUGCUGCACUUGGGCUUCCAGGAGCCAACUUGAACUCUCAGUCUCUUGCCGCAGAUCAGUUGCUGAAGCUUAUGAGUACUGUUGAUCCCAAAUUGAAUCAUGUUGCUGCUGGUCUUGUUUCACCAAGUCUGAAGUCAGAUACCUCUAGUAAAGAAAUAGAGGAAGCUAUGAAAAGAGUACGAGAAGCACAGUCCCUAAUUUCUGCUGCUAUAGAACCAGAUAAGAAAGAAGAAAAAAGAAGGCAUUCAAGAUCAAGAUCACGUUCUAGGAGGAGGAGGACUCCUUCAUCUUCUAGACACAGGCGGUCAAGAAGCAGAUCCAGAAGACGAUCACAUUCUAAGUCAAGGAGUAGGCGGCGAUCCAAAAGUCCAAGACGGAGAAGAUCUCAUUCCAGAGAGAGAGGUAGAAGGUCAAGGAGCACAUCAAAAACCAGAGACAAAAAGAAAGAAGACAAAGAAAAGAAACGUUCCAAAACACCACCAAAAAGUUAUAGCACAGCCAGACGUUCUAGAAGUGCAAGCAGUUUGCACAUUUGUGAUUCUAGAGAGAGACGGCGACGAAGAAGCAGGAGUGGAACAAGAUCUCCUAAAAAGCCUAGGUCUCCUAAAAGAAAAUUGUCUCGCUCACCAUCCCCUAGGAGACAUAAAAAGGAGAAGAAGAAAGAUAAAGACAAAGAAAGAAGUAGAGAUGAAAGAGAACGAUCAACAAGCAAGAAGAAGAGGAGUAAAGAUAAGGAAAAGGACCGGGAAAGAAAAUCAGAGAGUGAUAAAGAUGUAAAAGUUACACGGGAUUAUGAUGAAGAGGAACAGGGGUAUGACAGCGAGAAAGACAAAAAAGAAGAGAAGAAACCAAUAGAAGCAGGUUCCCCUAAAAUAAAGGAAUGUUCUGUGGAAAAGGGAACUGGUGAUUCACUAAGAGAAUCCAAAGUGAAUGGGGAUGAUCAUCAUGAAGAAGACAUGGAUAUGAGUGACUGAAUAUUGCCUCUAUGGGAAUCCCAACUGUGUUAUACAUGCAUCAGUGUCAUUCCUUUGUGUGAUUUAUUAAUGCUGUAUUUGUUCAUCUCAAACCUAGAUGUAUACAGCUCUGAGUUAUAAAUGGUUAUAAAGCUCCUGAUAUUGACAUUAGUUAUUUACAUCAAAAAGCUUUUAGGAAAUGGUACAGGGGUAACCAGUUCUUGUCACAGUGAAAUCUGAUUGAGUAACCAAGCAGUUUUACUAUCCUGGUACUGCUUCUUAACAAAAAUGAAAAGCUGCAUGCAUCUACAGCAGGCAUGGAUUGUUUAUGUUGUAUGAUCUCCUUUAUUAAGUAAGUUCACUUAUAGUAUUUCUAGAAUCUGAUUCAUUGCCGUAAUAGAGCCAUGUAGGGAAUGCACUGAUUGCAUGUUAUUGUGGCAAGAAUAUCCUAAAUGUCAUUAAAAUCCUCCAACAUGAUGGAUCUACUUAUGGUCUUGUUUGUUGACAUGACAAAUUAACAUUCUUAUAUUUACAUCUGGAAAUGAGCAUUUGAAAUAGAUAAUCCUUUAAGCCUUGUGGCUAAAUUUUUGUGGCUUUUGUUUAACUUUGAAAGGUUAUAUAUGCACUAACCUUUUUUGAUGGCUAAUUAGGCUUUAAUUACGAAACAAGAUUUCAGAUAAAACUGUCUUUGGCAGUGAGUAAAUAGCAUAUUUUGAAGUAGAGUUGUAUACUUUUUCAUAAGGUAUUUGGGAAUUUUUUUUUCCUAAAAUAAUAAUUUAUUCCACAUUUACAUCAGUGAAAGCUAUCUGCCUAUCCUGAGUCCAUCUAUUAAAAAAAAAGUUAUCUCUUGUCCUGAUUUUCAGUUUUCCACCCUUUCAUUAAUUUGUUUUAAGCUCAGUGUUGGAAAAAGGGGGUAGUGCAUUUUAAAUUGACCUUCAUAUGCUUUUAAAAUAAGACAAAUCUACUUGAUAAUGUACCUUUUAUUUGAUCUCAAAUUGUAUAAAACCGAUAAAUUUGUGUUACUGCAGUAGUAAUCUUAUGCACACAGUGAUUUCAUGUUAUAUGCAAAGUAGUUAGGCAACUGUUUUCUUAGUUAAGGAGUUUCAGGCUUCACUUUUGUUCAGUAAAAACAAAAGUAGGCUACAGUCUGUGCCAUGUUGAUGUACAGUUUCUGAAAUUGUUUUACAAGACUUUGAUAAUAAAACCCUUAAACUUAUGUUCAUGUUCCUGUAAAA